AUGGAUGCAAUGAACAUCGCGACGGAGCUCCCUUCACGAAUGCCAGUCCCAAUUCUGGUUGGUGCACUGGCAGCCUGUCUCAUUAUCGUGGUAUUGUACCGUGCCUACAACCACCGCCGAUUCUAUCGAGACUUGCCAGGGCCUCCUCAUAGCUGGCUGUUCGGCCAUAUCAAAGUCUUUAGCCAAGUCACAGCAUUGAUGCCUCCAAACACUCACCCGCAGCUCUUCUACACAGAAAUGGUCCGCUUAUACAACCUCAAAGAAAUAUUCUAUCUUGAUCUCUGGCCUAUAAGCCCUGGUAUUGUCGUAAUUACUGAUCCUAAACUCCUGGAUAACUCAUCACUUCCGAAACCUCUUCCUAUACAUCCCUUUACUGCGGUAUUCAUGAACCUGAUGUUUGGCGAGGGAACAAUGGCAGCAACCAGCGGCGCUUCUUGGAGGAAGAUGGCCACUGUUGUGAGUCCAGCUUUCUCGAUGGGUCAUGUCCUGGGAAUGACGAAUGUCAUGGUCGACGAAUGUUUGCUAUUCCAAGAGAAGCUGGACGAAUUAGCCGUGGAAGGAGACGUCUUCUCCAUGGAGGAGCUCGUCGCCAAACUGGUAUUCGGUAUAGUCUCAGCAGUCACUCUUGGAGAGCCUCAGUAUUCUCAAACAGUGGGAAGUAAAAUCUUGGAGGACCUGAGGGACCUUGUGAAUCUUGCUCAAGGAGAGACAGAUCCCCUCAUUGCCUAUAGCCCACUGGUACAGAUCCCCCGACGAUGGAAAAGACGCCGAAUUGUUCGCAGACUUGAAGGCUCUCUGAGAGAAAAGGUUAAUGGGAGUGUUGAGCGGAUUGUUCAGGAAGGAGUCAUUCCUUCAAGGCAGAACCCGAAAAGCAUCAUGGAUCUUUUGGUUCGUGAGCAUGCACAAGCUGUGCUGGAAGAAAGGAAGCGGGAUGUGCAUGGCCGUUCACGGCUUUCUACCUCCGAAGAAGAGAUACUCUUUAGCAAUCUGAGAACGAUGUUGUUAGGAGGACACACCACGUCGACGAACACUCUCUGCUUUAUUUUCAUGCUCCUAUCAAAUGCCCCCGAUGUCGUCGGAAAAUUGCACCAAGAACACAUUGAUCAACUUGGAACCUCUCCUCAGGUCACUCUUCUUGCCAACCCAAACAUGUUUCGAAGACUCCCUUACACAGAAGCGGUUCUCAAAGAAUCCUUGAGACUUUACCCUCUCGGGUCCGAUCUAAAGCAAGCACCUCCAGGAACAACAAUCACCACUCACGAUGGCCGCCGCCUUCCUAUUGCCCAUGGCCUCAUCGUGACAGCUAACGCGCAUACCAUCCACUACGACGCACACAUCUACCCGGACCCUACAGCCUUCCGGCCGGAAAGAUGGCUAAAUCAAGAGAAGCCCAUCCCCGGUGAUUACUUUAGGGCAUUUGGCGGAGAUGGGAGGACUUGCCCUGGCCAGAAUAUGGGAAUGAACAUACUCAAGAUUGUCGUAGCCAUGACUAUAGAGAGCCAAAAACUAAUCAUACUAAUGCUGAUCUGGUGUUUGGGAAUAUGGCGUUUCAGCAGCUGGGGUUGGACGGGAGACCGAGGGAUGGGAUGA